GUUUUGUUUCUAUGUCUUCUGAUCUCUAUGGUUUUGGAACUACUUUCCACACACAUUCAAGCCCAGACUUGGUCUUUUCUGAUGGAGUUGGAGACCUUCCAUUUCUCUGUGACCCUUUUCCUCUCCUCACCAAUUCUCCCACUGAUGUAGCUCAAGAGAAUUCAACCACUCUUCCUUCUUCCGUUGACCCAUUUUCCCCAUCUUUUUUCUCAUUCUCUCCUCCAAGUGCCCACUUGGAAAACCUCACCCUUUAUCAUCAUGCUAACAAUAACCGUGUGCACGCUCUGUCAAGUGGCCAAAAUUUAGCAAAUGAAAUUGGAAGUUUCUCUGGUUUUGAUGGGUUGGAAGUGAAGAGUGAGGAAUGUCAAGUGGGUGUUGAUUAUGUGUACGGUCAGCAAUAUCUUCCUCACAGUUAUAGUGGCACUGAAAAUGUUUCAAAGUACAUGCAGAGGAGUUUCAGCAGUAACUCUUUUGAAGGGAAGCCAGGUUUUGUGUCACAGCCUCACUGUGAUGCUCUCGUGGAUUCCCCAAAAUUUCAAAGCCAUGACAUGAGCUCCCCUGAAGAUAGUCUCUUCGGUGGACAAAUGAGAAGGGUUUGCAGCACAGGAGAUUUGCAGAACAUGAAGGCAAAUCACAUGUCCUCAUCGGAGGCGCCAUUGUUGGAGGAACCGAACUUCAAAGUAGGGCGUUACAGUGCGGAAGAAAGAAAAGAGAGAAUUUCUAAAUACAGAGCCAAGAGAACCCAGAGGAACUUCAAUAAGACCAUUAAGUAUGCAUGCCGAAAGACACUAGCCGACAAUCGCCCACGCAUACGUGGCAGAUUUGCACGCAACGACGAGGCCAGCGAGAUUCCGAAGCCUCCCCGAUAUGAAGACGAAGUCGAUUUCUGGAUUGAAGAAUUGCGGUUGCAUGAAGAGCUAGACGAUGUAACAGUGGGAGCAGAACAAUAUGUGAAAAGUUAUGGAGCUAGUCAAUUUCAGUACCGUGGCUUUUGAGUCUUGGAACGCUGAAGAGCGAAGCAUAUUUUUCAGAAAGAGUGAUUAGGAAAGUUUAGGCUAUUAGCACUUGAUCAAGGAAAAGCUUUAUGCUAAUGCCAGCCAUAAGUAAUAUUAGUUGCAGGUGGAUUUUUUUCUUUUUCUUUUUUUGGAAUAAAAUAUAUCAAUAAGUCUCUGUAUGUGGAAUAUGUUCCUGAGGUCAAACAUGAA